AUUGAAAGAUAGAUAGAUAGAUAGAUAGAGAUAGAGAGAAGGAGAGAAAGAGUGAGAGAGAAGAAAGAGUGGUGGUAGCGAUGAUGGCGGGUGGUAAGAAGAUCAGAUUCGUUCGGAGACGUAAGAGGGACGUAAAAGUAUAGGGGGUGCGGACCAGUCAGUGCGCGGCGGGGUGCGCUUCUCGAUGCAGGUCAUGAUUUUGCUCCAGGUGAACGUGCAACGAAAUAUCCAGAAUCCAUUCGACAACAUCAACGAGACUCACGAAGGGAUUAGGAGCCAAGGGGUGAGGAAGUAAAGAAAUCGUUCGGCAUGUACAUACGUAUGUACACGAGAAAUAUAAGGAAAAAUAUUACAAAAAAAGAGCAAAUAAAGGAAGAGAAUUUUUUUAAUUAAGUCAGCAUUUUUAUUAACGCAAUAUGCUUUUGUAUUGAGAAAUGAAAAAAUUUACUUUGGCAUUAGUGUUACUUUUUCACAGAUUCGCGUAUUUUUGCAAUAUCUUUGCCGACGAUCUACCCUGAACACGCCUGUACAACCGAAGCCAAGUAAAUUCUUACAGUGGAAGAGAAGAAAAUUAAAUAUGAUGUUGCUUCACGACUAUGUUUUCUGGCGAAAAACAAAAUUUUUCUGUCAGCAAGAAAAACCGGUUAAUGGUGGCCCAACCAUCGAUUGCCCCGUUAUACUGUACCCGUACGUAGCAGCAUGGCUCCACAAUACAGGUAGCGACAAUUUACAUUUUUUAAGAAAAUUGUUUAUUUUUUCUUCGAUAUAUAUAUACAUGCGUAUCUCAAAUUAACAAUCUCUAGUAACAACGGAUAGUUAUUAUUCUAUUUUAUAGGGACUUAAUAUACGUUUUGCGCAAUAAUAACUUAUGUUAUUGAUACAAAAGACCUGUUAUGUUUUUAAAGCAUCUAUCUUAAUUCGUAGAAGAACCUUGAAGGAUAUCUAAUUUUUAUUACAAAGUAUGCGUAAAACAGAAACUCUAUACAUAAAUAUAUACAUAUAUAAGUUACACGCUUCGAACUCUGCAACAGUUGAGAGUAAGCUUGUUGCGUCAGCCUGUUGAUUAUAUGUACUUGAAUUCGCAUUAAUAUUUUCACGAAUUUGAAGCUUAUUUUUACACACAUUUCUCGUGCUGAAAUAAUCAGAACGUUUCGAAGUGGCAAAUUGAAGAUUUAUAUCGUUAAUUAGAUAUUACGAUGUUAUAUAACGUAAAUAAGCGUCAAAAUGUUAUUUAGUUUUAGCUAGAAUAGCCAUAACAGGAUCAAGUCAAUCAAGAAUAUAAAAAUUCCGAUAGAUUCUUGGAUGUUUUAAUAGUAACAAGUUCAUUGAUAACAUAUAUUGAUAACAUUAUUUUGGAGGGAUCUCAAUUUUUGCCGAUUGUAAUUUUAUCUUCCUUUGCCUGCAAGGAGUACGCUUCAAGCUGUUUAAAAUCAAUAGCAAGGUUAAAGGCCUCUGCACACCGAAAGUAGUAUAACUGAUCUGUUCUUUCAAUCCCUUAUCGUUGUCGCAUAUAAAUGAUUUAUAUAAAAUAUUAGGAAUAUUAAAUGUAUCGUAUAUACGACUGUUUUCCUUAUUAUCUCGAAUUUAUUCCAUUUCAUACGUAUGAUCAUGUUUAUUCUAUCGCAUUCGUUGUGUAUGGACCUUUCGCUUUAAGAGGCUCACACAUACUGCAAUUUUUUCCGUUUGGCGGAAAUAGAUAUAACGUUUCGUUACGUUCAUUUCCUUAUUAUAAAUCAUUAUUUUUGAUAGAUUAAACCAAUUCAGCACGCUAGAAACAUGGAGUAGCAUUUUCUCUCAAUGGAGUGACCGGUUAUAAUUAGAGUAGAAUUUUAGUAGGUCACUUCGAUUAAGUGGAUGUUCGAAUAAUACAAUGUAUUUAUUAUUUAAUGCAAAAAGAAAUGUUAGAAAAUUGACUCGAUUAAUUGGAUUAUCUCAUUGGGGAUUAAUAGUUAUCUUCCUCAAUAAUAUCAUUUUCAUGAUGAAUGAAUACAUUUAAAUAGCUUACUUACGUUGAUCUGUGCCAAUUCGAGUAAAAGAUUUAAUCUAUUAGAUACAUUAUAAAAUUUCAGAGGCAGAUCUCACUAACCAAUUCACCGAUAAUUUUUUUUUUAUUUUUAUCAUCGAUCAUUGAAUCGAGUUAAGCUUCGAAUUUCGUUUGCAACUUAACGACAAGGCUUCAAGCCUUAAGUGAUCAGUUGCUCCCUCCAUACUCGUAUCCCACUUACCCUCGAGUGGAACAGCAGAGGACGUAUUGAGUUCGAGUAUGAAAGGGAACAGCAAGAAAAGAGGGGGUAACGAGCUGGAGACCAACUCGAGCCCGCUGACCACUUGUCCAAGAUAGCUGCCGAUCGAUCAGGCUAUCUCAUUAUUGUGAAAUCUCCUUACCGUUGAUGUGUACAUACAUUUAUACAUAUACAAACCAAUUGUUCUUAAUUAAACGUUAAUUGAUUUUCGGUUUUUGACAUUUUAGAAUAAUACUUCAAAAAAUCGAACAGAACGAUGUUUAAUAUCUAUUGUAUUACAUAUCUGAGCUCAAAGAGAUUCUUCUUAGAGUUUUUCUAAGGAACUUCUUAGAAUUUUUUUUAAAGUUGUCAUGUCUUAUUUAUUUUUUCUUUUUCCUUGUAAUAAUAUAAAAAUAUAUAAUUUCAAAUAUGGUGGAUUUAAUGAUCGUGAUUUUAUGAGAUAAAUGGCUACAGCAUGAGGUCCCGUAUGCGGUUACCAUUUGUCCAUUGUUCAUUGAAUUUUCCAUUUUUCAAAUUAUACUUUUUUAUGUUUAAAUUAUAAUUACAUUUACUAAUUAAAUUACCUUUUAAUCUUAACGCGAUUAUAUACGACAAUUUUCAUUUAUAUCAAUUAUUAGAACGAAAAUGAUUACAUCGAUCUGAUCGAGUUUGCUAAUAAUUUCCGAUUGGAUGAUUGAAUUUAUAAAUUAUACGACAUCUUUAACUGAUAGGGAGUGAUAAUGAGAAUGAAAAUAUUUUAGAAAAAAUCGUUGGAAGAUAGACAAGUGUACGGAUUAUUUUUAUUGAAAAAAAAAAAAAAAAAAAAAUAAAUAAAUAAUUGCAGGUUAUCAACCUUCAGCAUUCAUCGUAUUCUCAUGGAAAAUGUCAUGAUAACACGUGAGUUCAGUGCUUGCAGAACGAGGAUUACCAUCUUCGAUUUGUAUUAUCUACCGAUGAUGUAUUUCCGAAGACGGAUUCAUCCAGGAUUUUCUCUAUUCGAUCUUGUGGAUGAACGAAUCUGGUUAAUUCGUUCAUCUAAUACAAACGAAAACUACUGGGCCGUACAUUCGCGUCAACUAAUGUUUGUUGGAGUGUCAACGUAUGAACCUGAAUUUUGAGGAAUUCGGUAAUCGUUCCAUAUAUGUUAAAGCAAUUUGUGCGUUGUUACUGGAAUUUGGUACUUUUUCUGAAAUGUAUCAUAAAAAUUUCAUCAAGAUUUUGUCGAUAUCGUUAAUCUCGUACCAUUCUUCCCCUAUGCUUCCAUUAUUUAAUACCAAUUGCUUUAAGAUGAUACGAAAGUUACUGAUUUCUAUAUUUCCUAAUUAAGAUAUUUAUUUUUCAACAUAUAUUACAAUGAUUUAUAUUCACGCAAAUUAUUUUUCAUUUAGAAUCAUUUCCAUAUUCCGAGCUUUCUGAAACGAGAGACUCUCGGCGAUAUUUAUUUGCAAGAUAAUAAAUUGCCUUUCGAAACUUCUCACGUAAUUUUAAUUCAUUUCUUCUUGAUAUUACAAACUUUAUUUUUCUUGUCAUUAUCUUCUGUUGCUGUUUUAGAUGCAAAGGUAUUUAUGCUUUGAAGAUUAUAAAAUGUUAUCACAAUAAAAAAAGAAAAAUAAGAUCUUUUUACUGCUGACAGACAUCAACAAAACAAAAUAUCAUUCCCCAUUGUUAUGAAAUAAUAACUAUAGAAAUUAUACGAGUUACUUUCGUUGCUGGUGUCAAACGGAAUGGCCGCCACUGUGAAUUUUCAAUCGAUAUCGUUGAGUUAAACGAAUCCUAAAUAUACAUACAUAUUAGAGCUUUCGCAUAGAACAACUAAAAGACAAUCAUUUCGAUUAGAAGUUUAUUAUACAUUUGUCUCGUCAUACCUAGAUCAAAUUUGAUUAUAUAUCAAAUUGAUUAUAUAUUUAAUAUGAUUUUAAUUUUAUUAAUAUUUACUUUUUUCGUCUUUUUACAGAACAAUUUGACGAUCGGUGAUGAAGAUCUACCUGAAGAGGCUUUCACGUUGCUGUCGGUGCUUCUAGUUGGAUUCCUGCUCCUGAUACUUGUAUUUUUAUCAGUCGCUGGCAAUGUCCUAGUUUGUGUAGCAAUUUACACUGACCGGGGGUUGCGAAGAAUAGGAAACCUAUUUCUAGCAUCCCUCGCGAUUGCUGACCUCUUCGUCGGUUGCUUGGUGAUGACAUUUGCCGGCGUAAAUGACCUCCUUGGAUACUGGGUCUUCGGCACGCAAUUCUGCGAUACUUGGAUAGCUUUCGACGUUAUGUGUAGCACUGCCUCUAUAUUGAAUUUAUGCGCCAUAUCUCUUGAUCGUUACAUCCACAUAAAGGAUCCGCUUAGAUACGGUCGCUGGGUAACAAGAAGAAUUGCAACUGCCGGGAUCGCUGUUGUGUGGCUAUUGGCAGGUCUCAUUUCUUUCGUGCCGAUCAGCCUGGGUCUUCAUAGAGCAGAUCAGUUCCUGGUUUAUGAUGAUGGGAAAGAGGAACAUCCAACUUGCGCCCUGGACCUUACUCCUACCUACGCAGUGGUAUCAUCUUGUAUCUCUUUUUACGUUCCUUGCAUGGUAAUGCUUGGAAUCUAUUGCAGACUCUAUUGCUACGCGCAGAAACAUGUGAAAAGUAUUCGCGCCGUCACGAAGAUACCGGAAGUAUCUGUAGGAAAGAGCUUCCGUACAAAGAGUCGUUACAAGCCACCAAAACCUCAAAUGAAGUCAAAGCCGACUAGUCCGUAUCAUGUGUCCGAUCAUAAGGCAGCAAUCACCGUAGGCGUCAUCAUGGGCGUCUUUCUUAUAUGCUGGGUUCCAUUCUUCUGCGUUAACAUUGUUGCAGCCUAUUGUAAAACCUGCAUAUCAGUGCAAGCAUUCCAAGUACUCACAUGGCUUGGCUAUAGCAACUCGGCCUUCAACCCGAUUAUCUACAGUAUCUUCAAUACAGAAUUCAGAGAAGCAUUUAAAAGGAUCCUAACGAAGGGUGUGCGCUCCCGAGGAAAUCAACCUUCUACUAGUGAAUGUGGUGAAUUUCGAUCUAUAGUGAUACAGAAACAUAAUGGCUCUAUGAUCGAGUGUAACAUCAGUCCGAGAUCGAGCGCGGACAGUUCUCACGUUGGGGUUAUAGCUCAGAUGCAUCCACAUCCGUUGAUAGUAAUUUUACUUCUAUUCGUCGUGACGGAAAGAAGCAAUUGUGACGAUAAAGCAGAAUGGUAUUUCGGUUUACGUUCUGCCUUGAAAAAUUGUCCUUCGAUGCCAUGGAACAAUCUCAGUCAGGAUGAUUUUUUUGAUGUCUUUCGUCAAUGUAUACAACAACGGGCUCUCAACUUUUUGGAUUCCCUUCUUGUCGACGAUAUCAUACCGGUUAUCGAUGGAAUCGAUUUAAUUAGAUUUCAAGAUAAUUCGACGUCUUUACCAGAUGAAAUGGCUAAAAAGGAAAGUAUGUACAAUGAGACAGAAGAUACUUCAAAUUGGACAGGAAUAGUUCUAAAUCGAUUGACCGGCAUUCUACGCACGCACGUUUUAAAGAUCGAUGUUGAUCACAUAGUUAACACUAUAUCUUCGCCCAUGAAUGAAACUGAAAUAGAUAGAUCUGAUAGUAAUAAUACCGUUCAAGGACGGAGGCGCCGCCAUCGACGACGUCAUAAUGUAAUGCCUCUGAUGAUGAUGGGUCUAUUGUUGAUGGGUUCAAUACUUGUACCAAUGGGUUUUCAGUUCCUUGCCGUUCUUGGCGGUAAAGCUUUACUUCUUGCUAAGAUGGCUUUGUUAUUGUCAAGUAUACAAGGACUCAAGAAGAUAGCAACCAACGGUGUGAAUUAUGGCUUAUAUCAUGCACCUGUAUCUGAAGCUUGGCAUGAAAGAAGUCAUCAAGAAACGCCAACACAUUUUGAUUUACCCUAUCCGAUACACGCUCAGACACACGCUUGAAAUUCGUAUUUACGAUCAACAAUACGUGUCGACUUCAAUGAAUUUUUUCAUCGUAACAUACACUCGGUCGUAUUUUUCAUAUAGAUAU